CGUAGUCAGUUGAAGCGAACCAGAAAGGACCGAAGGUUCUGGGUUAUAAGAGCCCAUAAGGGUGACAACGGACCAUUAGCUUUUAAGUGGGAGAAUACGCUCUAGACAACCUUGGGUUCGCCAGUGGGGGAUUUUAUUGAGGAGGAGAGUAAAAAAUAAAAAACAGCGAUCGCUUUCUAGGUAGCACGGCGCGUGUUAGGUGCAGUAGCUAGCUAGCUAGCAAGCUAACGCUAGCUACAGUAGCUAGCUAGCUACAUAGCUACCUACCUGCGUGUCAACUAGCUAACGGCUUUGAAGUCCAUUGCCUGCUGCUCACCUCGCAAGCAGCUGACUAUCUAGCUAACAAUUAGCCACCCAGCUAGCUAGAUAGUGAAGAGCAUCUCAACAUCACCAGCCUGCUACCUUGUGUGCGGGUUCCGAGAAUGCUAAAGAAUGAGUCAAAGAGACACCCUGGUUCAUCUGUUUGCUGGAGGAUGUGGGGGCACAGUGGGUGCCAUUCUAACCUGCCCGCUGGAGGUGGUGAAGACGAGGCUGCAGUCGUCCUCCGUCACUCUGUACAUCUCUGAGGUGCAGCUCAGCACAGUCAAUGGAGCCAGCGUCGCCCGAGUAUCCCCCGGUCCCCUGCACUGUCUCAAAUUAAUACUGGAAAAAGAAGGACCCCGUUCUCUAUUCAGAGGGCUGGGGCCUAACCUGGUGGGCGUGGCUCCAUCCAGAGCGAUAUAUUUUGCGGCCUACUCCACUGCUAAAGAAAGGCUGAACAGCAUUUUGGAACCCGACUCCACGCAGGUCCACAUGGUCUCUGCCGGGCUGGCAGGGUUUACUGCCAUCACAGCUACCAAUCCCAUCUGGUUGAUAAAGACACGCCUGCAGCUGGAUGCCAGGAACCGGGGGGAGAGGCGCAUGAACGCGUUCGAGUGCAUCCGGCGGGUGUACCAGUCCGACGGACUCCACGGGUUCUACAGGGGCAUGUCGGCCUCUUACGCCGGCAUCUCAGAGACUGUCAUCCAUUUUGUCAUCUACGAGAGCAUCAAGCGGAAACUUAUGGAGAUGAAGGCCGCGGCCUCCAUGGCCGCCAUGGACGAGGAGGAGGAGGCUGUUAAGGACGCCUCGGACUUUGUGGGCUUGAUGCUAGCCGCGGCUACAUCAAAGACGUGCGCCACCUCAAUCGCCUAUCCGCACGAAGUCAUACGCACAAGACUAAGAGAGGAAGGGACCAAGUACCGGUCUUUCUUCCAGACACUAUCUAUGGUUAUCAAGGAGGAGGGCUACCGUGCCCUGUACCGCGGUCUGACCACUCACCUGGUGAGGCAGAUCCCAAACACGGCAAUCAUGAUGUCCACCUACGAGCUGGUCGUCUACCUGCUGAAUGGUUAACCCCACCCUCCCCUGCCCAGAGAGAGAGGGACCCCGCCCAGGACAUCCCAUCAGAGACCAAAAGUAACAAAGGACCAGGGAGACUACCCUGCACCCACUCACCCUGAUGGGCCACAUAAAUGGUUGCCUAGAGACAGAAAAUAUUGUUGGGAGGGGGUGGGGUGGACAGGUUUGCAUUUGUGGACUCUUAUGUCAAACAGGUUAAAAACAGGGGAGGGACAAUUAUGGCCAAAAGUGUACAUUUUGUGUACAGUUCUCGCAUUAAAACUACGAGCUGUCUCCCUUUCCCUCUCUCUCUCUCCCCCACUUCCUUCCAUUCUGUCUAUCUUUUUGUGUCUGCCUUCUGUCCUUCUCUCCUAAAAAAAGAAAAGAAAAAAAAGCUGCUUUAGGAUGAGUUUGAAAAGAAUAUCAGAGAGGGGGAAUGCUUGAAAAAAAUAAUUUAAUUCAUGGUAGCCCAUCCUGCCUAAGUAAUUUGUACAGAUUUCCAGCAUUAUAUAUGCAAAGCAGUUUCUGUAGUAACACCCGUGUCAGAUUUAAUACAGAGGCAUUUCAUGUUCUGCCUUUCUGUGGGCAAACGUUUUGGACCAUAUUAAAGUGUAGUUUUGGUAUGGAGUCUGUGAUGUGUGUAUGAGAAAUUUGGUAGUUUUUAGAUUUGGGGUCUAUGGGAAAGGCACGGGGUGGCGUUUUUCUCAGAGUUUAUGUUAUGUCCCUCCCAUUUGAAAUGUGCACAGUCACUGCAGGCCUGACCCACGGGUAUUUCUGCCAGAGGACAGCACACGCAGAGGAAAGGAAGCGAUGUCACAUUUUGCACUGACUCAAAAAAAAAAAAAAAAAAAAAAAAAGAGUUUUUAAGUUCAAGCAUUCCCCACUACUUUCCGGUGUUCAGUCCCUUUUACAGAGGGUCAGGGCACAACGGUUGACUCGCGGUCGGUUACUACACGCUGUGGCCAUGGAGGUUGUGGAUUUGCUCUUGACUCUUGAUGUUGUUUUUUUUUUGUUUUUUUUUUUGUUUUUUUGGUUUUAUUUGUUUGUUUUGCGGUUUAUCUGUUUGGGAGUCUCCCCGGUGUCCUGUCACAUUGACUAGCCCAUUUUCUUGUGUGAAGCCCUGAUAGUGUCAUGCAUGGCAAUGCCGAAUUAUAUACAUGUGUUAAUGGGCGUUCUCCACAGAUUGAGUGCCAGCGAAAUGUGUGUGCUGUGUGCAAGGAAGAACAUCACUACUUGAAACUUGUGGAUGCACACUCAUUAAGAUCUGAGAGGCACUUUGUCUUCUAAAAUUUCAAUGCGGCUCAUUGUCAGAUGCACCUAACAUCGGGCGCUGGACAAAAGAAAACAGGCACAGAGCAUUCCCUUGUACUCCAUGUUCAUUUACAGCCUAACUACUGAUCCAUUUUGUUUCCCAAAAUUUUGAAAAAAAAGAAGAAAAAAAGAAACACAAAACGAAAAAUGUCAAUGUUUUGUUUUCCUGGUGGUAUGCUAUAUCGCCCUCUACUGGACUGGAGGUGUCUCACUCCUGUCUCUCUGCUGCAUCAGAGGAGAGUGAGAGCCAGGCGGGUCAGGUCUGACGGGAGAACUUGCCUUUCUGCACUACAGUACUUGAAAAGAUACCGGUGUGACAGAAGCUAGAAUUUAAGUAACGGUUGUACAUCGACCUUUUCUGUGAAAUGAGUAAACACAAUACAAAAAUGUAAAGGAUUAUUAUUACGUUAAAUAUAUCUUUUGUUUAAGCUUCUAGAAAUAACAAUAGGCGUGCUGUUGACAUUGAAAUGCAAGAUCCGUCAGAAUGGGAGGGGCGCCCACCCACACCAUGGCUUGAGAGUGACUCCUUAUGCACUUUUGUGGCCUCUUGGCUUGUGAUAAACGUUUUAUUUUAUCUGUUAUGUAUUAUCAAGAAAAGUGUUAUAAGCAAGACUACAAAGGAUAUCCAUUGAAGAUAUUGUACAGUUAAGUGUACAGACUAGUGAAGGAUAUUCUUAUAUGUGUGUAUAUAUGUGUAAUAUAUAUGUAUACAUAUACAAUAUCCAGUGUUUAUUGCUUAGGUCCAUACAUUAUUAUGCAGUAGUUUGCAGUUACUAAGUAUUUUUUGUUUUCAAAGAUGUAUCUGAAACUGGUGCAAAAUGGUGUGAGACUGUAAUGCAUUUUUUGUUUUGCUUCUUUUUUUUAAUUGUUAUUUGUUAUUGAUUUAACAACAUGCACCUCAAACCAGAACCAGGUGCUGAACGAUGUGAUCCAAUUUCUUUCUUUUUUUUUUUUUUUUUAAAUUGCAUCCUGUGAAAAUCCAGUGUUUCAUCUCCCCCCUCAGUUUGUUUACCUUCAUGCUGUCUCCAUGGAAACGCCCCCAGUUCCCUGUGCAAUGUGUGUAGGUGUUGCUGUGCCCCCUCCCCGUCAGCGAACAGACACGUCAGUGUGCAAAGGCUCGCGCUUACACCCGCAAACGUUGACACCACACUGGAAACGGCAAACAGUCAGACAAGGGCGGAAUAACACUCAAAAGUCCAGCAGCACAGUAGAUAAAAGCCUUUAGGAGCUAGACUGAGACCGGUUCUGCAGGGCUUUGUUACUUUGUUCCUUGGCCUGUGGUCACGUGACCUUGGGGUUAGUCCUUUCCUUGACUCUCCCUGGAACCUGAGACCAAUUCCAGCUGUAGAACCCAACAACCCCACCCAAGUUCCAGAACUCGUUUUAUUAUAACGGAGGUCAAUAUAUUUAUAAUCGCGCAAGGCACUGGUAUUUAUUUUAUUUUGCUGGGUGUACUCACUUGGGUCUAAGCACUUAACUUGGGAUGCAGUGAGCAGUGUGUAUCAACCAUGGCCAUUAUGUACACGUGGUUGUAGCAAUCGCUCUCUAUAAGAGGACUAAGACUUGAAAUCCAGGAAUAAAUCUCUUCUGUUCAUUCUUCAAUCAUCAUCUUUACACUUGUUGCACGUUUGCAAAGUACAUUUUGGGAGAAUUGUCACAUUGUUCUAGAAUUAUUCACCGAAUGGAUGCAUGAACCCAGCUAGAAUUCACUUAAUAGUGUCUGCUGUUUUUAAACCAACAAUUAUGUUUCCGUGUCACAAGGCACAAUGGUUGUUUCGUUAUCCAGUGUUGUCAGCGCAUACCCAGUAAGGGGUUUUUAGCAGGACUGUGAACAUAUUUCCAAACAUACUACCGUUAUUGUUCUGGUGUCAUUCAUGUGAAGUUCUUCAUGUCGUUCAUUUCGUGACCCUGUAGUAAUAGACACUACAUUACUUGUAUUGCCCUCUGUCAGUGUAGAUUUCCACUCUACCCAUGAAUACAUUCACAGCAGUUUAAUGUGUUUUACACAAAGAUUAAAUUGCAGAUCCCCAGUUGGGGUGUUAAUCCAGAAACCUUGUAAUAAAUAGUCCAGCUCCUUAACCAGACUAGCGCAGCGGACUAGUAUUGAUACUUCCAGUGUUGAACUUGCACAGUGCGACUCCACCCUCACCAGAGUCACUCUGCAUAAGCCUGGAAUGUUCUGCAGAUUCAGAAGCUGGUCUCAGAGGUGGCUACAACAUUGCCUGUCUGAAAUCACUUACCACAGCCAUGCUCCUCACUAGGGAAGGUACAAACAAUUGUAACGGGAAAUAAACCAUAAAAUAUUACUGUAUAGUACAUAAACAUUUAAUGCAAGGAGAUGAUCAUGGAUUGUCAUUUCCCUACAUAUCAUUUUUACCCCCCCAUUUGCAUUUUACCAUUACUGAGACCUGGUACUGAGAGAGUAUUAUGACGCACAGUUUGUUCCCAUUAAUGCUAUGCUAGCAAAUCUUAUUAGUGCGUUUCACAGUAAUGAUUUUGCUGUUAAUGUUAUUUUCCUCAAUUGCUUUUCUUUUGUUAUUAUUUUAUUUUUAUUUUAAUUGGUUUUUAGCCUGAUGAAUAUGUGGCAAAUUCACAGCCGCCUAUGCAUUAUCAAACCUCCUUUUGUACAAAAGUCAAUAAAAAUAAAGUUGCAAACUCCA